AUGCUCGUGGAUGUCCAUGACUCACCACAAAUUAAUCGACAUAAUAACGAUCAACGUUUACAUAAUCUAUUUUAUCGAAAAUCAAAAUUAGAAUCUGUGAAUGAAACAUCAGCAUUAUUGUCUGGUUUUGCCAUUGUUGCAAUAGUUGAAUUAUCAUUGGAUUCUUAUACAAGUCAAAAUCCUGGAAAUACUUUAAUAAUUUGUUAUGCAAUAAUAUCAUGUUUACUUGUUGGUAUUCAUCUUUUGGCAUUACUGAUGUCAAUGUGUAUUUUACCUGAAUUAAAAAAUGUUAUUCGACAAUCGGAUGUAUGGAUUAAUUAUGAAGAUAAAAAACCGUUAGCAAGUAUGAACAUUUUUAUUGAAGUGGCAUGGGUCGUGUCGACUGGUCUUGGUUUAUUUUUAUUUAUAUUAGAAUUGGGUCUUAUUUUAUGGAUAAAAGUCAGUGGUUUUAGUCGAACUGCAGCCAUUUCGGCUAUUAUAACUUUGACUUUUAUUAGUUGUCCAUUUUUAUUAUUUGCUAUCGGAUUUUAUUAUCGUGUUACAAAAGCAAAAGUAUCAUUACAUGCGAAUAAUUUAUCAAAGCUUGAACGAGGUGCAAUUGCUAAAGGACUUUUUUUAAAUAAAACUUAA